AAUUCGCAGCUAAACUGCUAGAAACUGAAUCAUGCUUGCUUAACGUUAACUUCUCCGCAAAAAACUCAUCAUGUCGGUCAAAAAGACCGAGUCGUCCUCUGGUUGGCGCCCCAACUCACCCCCUUCCACGCCACCCCAAAACACCAUUGCCGUACCCGAGAUCCCAAUCGAGAUCGUGAGCGAAGAAGAGAUGGCUUUCAUUGAAGCAGCUCUUGCUGCAACUCGCUCCUCUUUCUCGUCUUCUUCCAUCCCUUCAAUUUGUUCCCCCUCGCGCUCUUCUUUCCCGUCGUCUUCUCAGUUCCAGAGCAACGUGAGGUCGAUUCAUUCCAUUACCCUUUUGUCUAAACGGGGAGUAAGUGGUUGUAGCGAGCCGGAUAUUGAGGAUUCCGGCAAUUUGAGCGGUGCCCAGAAGAGGAAUAGAUUGCAAGAGUCCUUUUUGAGUCGGUUUAGAAGUAGAAGUGGGCUUAUGGUUACUGAUUUUACUGCCAUGGACUGGUGUGAGAAGCAAGUGGAGUUUAAACUCCGCUUUGGCAGAGGAGAAGUUAAUAGAGCAAUGAAAGCCGGUCUGGCUCGCCAUGCAGAACUUGAACAAGAGGUUGUUAGAAAAUUUGGAGUUCGUACUGACUUAGCUGAAGAUAGAUGGGCUACAAAGAUGAUUAAUUUCAUCACUGGUGUAAAUCAACUGUUGUUUGAAGGACUAACACGAGAGCUGCCACUGUGAGUUCAACCAUUUUGUUGUUAUCUCCAAAGUCUAUCUUUAGGUUGCUGGCUACACUUCUGUUUUCUGGUUGAAGCAUUUUUUUUCUUGUUCAUGUAAUUCAGAGCUGUUGCCUGAUGUUUUAAUUUCCAUAGUGAUGGUCAAUGUCUGUCUGUUCUGUCAGAAUAGGCUUUGUUGAAGGUGUGUGGAUUGUAGGGAUUAUUGAUGAGAUCCGAAUGCCCAAAACAGAAACUGAUGGAAAACCGAUAAUAGUGGAGAUAAAGACUUGUUUUCGAG